GCUGACCUCUGACAGUCGCUCUCUCAUGGAUCCGCUCCCUCCCUUCACAAACACGGAAGCAGCAUGGCGUCCAACAGCAGCGGCGGCAGCUCCGAUAGGCAACGGAUUGCACAGCAGAGACUGAGCAUAAUUGCUGGUCAUUUACAGAGACCAGAGGACGGUGAAUGGGCUAUCGGAGCCGAGGAGUGCAAAGCCCAGGGGAGCAAGCCAAAUGUCUCCAGUAAGGGAAGGACCGUACCGAGAAGGAGGCAGGAGAUUAUGAAGUGGAACGGCUGGGGUUACGUUGAUUCAAAAUUCCAGUUUAAUAAGAAAGGCCAAGCAGAAUUCACUGGAAAAAGAUAUAGGCUAAGCGGGAUGGUCAUGCCCGCUCUGAAAGAGUGGUUUGAAAGCACUUUUGGAGCCAGUCUGCAGCACAAAACCCCAGCAUCAGCCAUUCCAAAUAGCAGCGCUGUACAACCUCCCAUUCUUAAUGAGGCCUUCGUGGAGGAUUUGAAAUCCACAGGUAUUCCCUUCUCUCAAGACGCAGAGGACCGAGUUUUCCGCGCUCACGGGCAUUGCUUACAUGAGAUCUUUGCCCUGCGAGAAGGAAAAGUUGGUCGUGUUCCAGAUAUGGUGGUGUGGCCAAGCAACCACAAUGAUGUAGUGAAAAUUGUCGAACUGGCAUGCAAACACAAUGUUUGUUUGAUACCAUAUGGAGGAGGAACAAGCGUCUCUAGUGCCCUAGAGUGCCCCCCAGAGGAAACUCGCACCAUCGUCUCUGUGGAUACCUCGCAGAUGAACCGCAUUUUGUGGAUUGAUGAGAAGAACUUAACUGCCCAUGUGGAAGCUGGCAUCGUUGGUCAGGAAUUGGAGAGAUUGCUUAAUGAGAGCGGCUACUGUACAGGGCAUGAACCUGACUCCAUGGAGUUCAGCUCCUUGGGGGGCUGGGUAGCAACCAGAGCAUCAGGCAUGAAGAAGAACAUCUACGGCAAUAUUGAGGACCUGGUCGUCCACAUAAGAAUGGUGACCCCACAAGGUGUGAUAGAAAAGAGUUGUCAAGGCCCACGCAUGUCCACCGGUCCAGAUAUCCACCACUUCAUCUUGGGCUCAGAAGGAACUCUGGGUGUGGUCACUGAGGUAACAAUGAAGAUUCGUCCAAUGCCAGAAUAUCAGAAAUACGGCUCAGUGGUAUUCCCAAACUUUGAGCAGGGAGUUGCCUGCCUUCGAGAGGUUGCCAACAGAGAUGUGCUCCAGCAUCAUCGGCUCAUGGAUAAUGAACAGUUUAAAUUUGGUCAUGCACUAAAGCCACAAGUAUCGUAUUUCACUUCCUUUUUGGAUGGAUUGAAGAAAUUCUACAUCACUAAGUUCAAAGGGUUCGACCCCAACCGCUUGUGUGUUGCCACCCUGCUGUUCGAGGGAGACCGUGAGAGGGUCUUGCAGCAUGAGAAGCAAGUUUAUGACAUUGCUGCGAAAUUUGGGGGCCUGGCAGCAGGAGAGGACAAUGGGCAGAGGGGCUACAUGUUGACCUUCGUCAUCGCUUACCUCCGGGACUUGGGGAUGGACUACUAUGUGAUUGGAGAGUCCUUUGAAACCUCUGUGCCUUGGGACAGGGUUUUGGACAUUUGUCGAAACGUAAAAGAGCGCAUUAUUCGAGAGUGCAAAGAGAGAGGAGUGCAGUUUCCGCCAUUAUCCACAUGCAGGGUGACUCAGACAUAUGAUGCCGGAGCCUGUGUCUACUUUUAUUUUGCCUUCAACUACAGAGGACUCAGCGAUCCAGUUCAUGUGUAUGAACAGGUGGAGCAUGCAGCUCGUGACGAGAUCCUUGCCAACGGAGGGAGCUUGUCGCAUCACCACGGAGUGGGGAAACUUCGGAAGGAGUGGAUGCGAGAGACCGUCUCCAGGGUGGGCAUGGGGAUGCUCAAGUCUGUCAAGGACUACGUGGACCCCGGGAACAUCUUCGGCAACAGGAACCUCCUCUAAUUUCCUGCUCUUGUCCAUCUUUAACUCACCUCUUUUCUAAUCACAUCUCGUGCAUUUGGAUUAAUAGAUACUAAAUGUGAAUUUAAAAUGGACAGAGAUCUUGUCUUUUUCAUCAAAGUGUCAUUCGGUGCCAUUUAUCAAUUCACCCAAACCUUUAUUUUACAUAAUGCACUUAAUAUGCUGUAACAAUCCUCAUCAUCUGCGUUGAUGCUCAUCUUUGCCGCCGUGUCAUGGCCUCAGCUUGUUCAGAUGAUGAUUUUUUUUUUUUUUUUUGCUCCGUCAGACUUUAUCAUGAUUACCUAAUAACACGCUAAGGCCACAAUGCAACCUGAUGUCACACAAUUUUACUUUGAUUUUUGUCAUAUUGUCUUAUGUUUAAUCAAUUCCUAAACAUCUUGCCAACAUAUUUUACUAUAUAUCCCUCAUUCAUUGAUUAGUCGUUACUUUCCUAUUGUGUGUGUGGCACUUCUUUAGUGGUAAGUUCUUGAUGAAUGCGCUUUCUAAAGCUCUGUGCCUUUCUGAAGCUUUGUCUGCCUUUCCCUUGUUCCACACACUCCACUUGUCCCCACAUUAGUUCAUUAUGUUAUUUGUGUCGCCUUUUUCAUGUCUGGGUCCACUUUCAUUGUACUGACCUAUUGCCAUAAGAGACUUUUUCUGGACUCUAAAUGUGUGUGUGAUAAACUGGUCUUACUGAAGCCCCCCCUCUGCCCCAAAGUAUGAUUACAAAGAAACAUUUUCCAUGUGUGUGCUUAGUUUUUUGUACUGAAAGCGUUUACCUUGCAUGGUUUGUUACUGACAAAGUGAAGUUGGAAAAAAAAGCCAUUGCGUUUCGAUCAUGCCUGCUUCGAUGUGACUGCAUUCGCAAAGGCCUCUGGAUCCCGGUGCUCACGUUGUACCAAAGACUCAACGCAUCGCCUUUUUCUUCAUCAUCAUUCAUACAUAUCAUUUAGACAGAAUUCACCCAUGAGUUUCACUGUAACCUUCACUCAUUUUUAAUCUGCAUAUGCAAAGAUAAACCCCUCUGAGAUCUGUUAAAUGUAGAUAUUUGUGACUGUUACAUGUGCUAAACUUUCUAUAAAACAGAACUACAUGUUAUUUUCAAGAUGUAUUUAAUUAUUCUUGCUACAUUUAAUUGGUGUUUCCCAAUUUCCCAGCUCCUCAGAUGGUUUUUCCCUCUGGUGUCUGUGCUGUGUGAAGGUUGUUGGAUCAGAUGCUUGUGAACUAGAGCGAGUUUGAAACAUGUUUUGACUUAAAGACAGUUUUUUUCACUAAUACUGAACUUAUUUUCCUUCCGAUCUGUGCUUCAGAUUCAUUUCUCUCGUGGACCAUCGUGUUCUUUUAAUCCAUACUGUCCCCCCUUCCUUAAAUGAAAGGCCUGGUUCUGGAGUUGCCACCUGACCCGGCCUUUAUCUGAAUGGUUUCUUACCCUCGUGUCAAACAUGAAUGUUACUGAUGUACCCUUUUGUUAUUUUCCACUUCUCUGAACAACAUAGUAACAUCCGAGUACAUUUUGUCAACGCUGUUUGUGCAAUAAAUUGAACUAAAACAC